AUGGCGGGUGCAAUUGACUUGAUGCUAUAUGGUAUUGCCGUUUUUGUCUCACCUGUUGCGGUAUAUUCAAGGUCUCUACUGUUUGAUGGGUGUACGUUCCCGCUCUCUGCUUCCACCGAACUGGUUCCCGGUAUAAUCCACGCCUUUUAUAUCAUACACACCACCAAGAAUAAGAAGAACACCGAACAACAGUCUCAACCGUACCCUCAAACUGCCCAGCGACGCUCCGCCAGUCUUCCGUCAUUGCCACACUCAUCGCGUUACAGACCACAAGCGGAUUUCGCACCAUACGAAGACCACCCGCCGCCUAUACCCCCCAAGACACAAGACGCAGCUCUGACUUACGACCCAUCGCUGCACCCAAACUCUGCCAAUCGUUCGAUAGCCCGGGCCAAGUCUGUCCUACACACAUACCAAAUCCGGAAUCGACUCUGCACCCAGCACCACCUAGACAAUCUCGUCACCGGGGCCGAGGCCGAAGUAGAACCGCAGCCGCAGCCUGUCUCGGAAACACGCGCAUCCUCUUCGACGUUACACCCAGACCCCAAUCCCGCACUUCCGUACCCGGCCGAAUAUCAUCCCAAUAGCGCAGGAGAAAAUAUUUCUAGGGCCAAGGCCGUCUUGCAUACGUACCAGAUCCCAGAGACGACUUUUCCGCCUCGAAUCGAAGAGGAGACACCAGCAGCAGCAACAACCGACGAGGCACCCAAACAGAGCAAACCAACCAGUUCGAUAAAGGGAUCGAUGUGGCCCCUGCGUAGUAAGGGAAAAGGUCUUAGUCCAUUGGAUAUGAACUCGCCCGCUGCUGUGCCCAAGCCCGACUCAACUGCUGGGCAUAAGUCGAGAUGGGUGACCUCGGGCCCUAGUUGGCUGAGACGCCGUCGUGGUCGCGAGGACUUGCAAAACGGUGGUGUAGGAGAAGAUAACGAGAGUCCUAACACUAUGACAAUGGUCUGGGACGACAAUUUUGAAACUCUGCGCCCUCGGGAACGACAUCCGAAACAAGCCAAGACGCAUGCACGUACAGAGAGCGAACCGAUUUCAUUGUCGUUCCCUGCUCCUCCUGGGGCGAUUCGCCCAGUUAUUGAUCACUCGGGGCUGGAAGCUGUAGCUGAAGAUGGACCCAUGCCUGAAAAUACGGUAUCGGAAGGCGAAGAGGCAGGAAAUGGAACGAGCCCGUUCCAAGACGAAUGGCGUGCGGAAACCGAUACCGAGCUGAGCCGAUCGAAAGGCAGGCUGAUUUCGCGCUUCGGUCGACGUCCGCACCGAUCCCAGCUGGACACCGUUAUGGACACAACCCCUCCGCCGCCACCACCACCACCACCAUCGAGCUCUGCUUCGGACCCAACUCAGACCAACUCCCCCAGUCUUCACGCCUACCUCGCCAUAUCGCACCGCCCUCUAUCUUGGCAUCCAGCAUCGACGAACCACGUACCGGUCGUUUCCGCACCGACGCACUUCAUCCGACGCUGCGGGUGGCGCCCACUCGAAUUCGAAUCCACCAUCAAGCGGAUCGGGGAGAAAUCACCCGAUUUCGCCAUGGGCGAGUAUGGACUGGGACAGGUCGACCUCUACGUCAUCGCCCGGGGUUUGACAAGUCCCAUCAAUGGUAAUAAACGACUCAGCGUCGGCACCACGUUCAGCCAAUCUCCUACGGCUGCUAGCGCUAGCACCCCGGUGAUGCGCCGCGAAUGGACGCAAGGAACGUUUGGCACGGGUAUCACGAGCGAGACUUCAGAGAGAGCGAGACAUGGGGGAUCCGAAGAGCGUUCGCCGGAAGAGGAGAUUGAGGAAUGGAUCAAACGGGAGGACGAGCGGCGUGAAGCGUCGGCGACCAACUCACAAGCGCAUACGCCGAACAACACCGAGUCAUCGGGGCAUGGGGUGACUCCAGACGCAGGAUCGAUAUUUUCGGCAGAGUCGUCGGGAUUUGCGGGCAUUGGAUGGAAUAUGGAGCUUUGGGAUCAACCUAACUGGGACGGAUCGAACCCGAGUAUAGGGCAUACGACGGGCGGCCAUAGCCAUGCCUCGCCUCAUCAGUACGGGUAUCCUAAUGCGAGAGUCGCUGGGGUGUAUGAAGCCCCCUUCGAUGACUCUGCUCGAAAUCCAGCCGCGGCGCGUUCGACGGCUUCCCACUCUUCGUAUGCAACGGGUCAAGAGAGCUUUGCUACCACAUCCGCUCCUAUUUCGCCACCGGUUUCUCCAAGUAGGCCCGUUCGUCCGACUCGUGCGCCACCUGCGGUUCCUGCGCAGGCCAGCCCAUCGGCUUCGGCCGAGCGUUCGUCUCAACCGGGUGUACAAGCCCUUCUGGCCACUCCACCCGUUUCGCCCCCACGACCUCCCCCUGGCCCAUCUGGGUCGUCCAAACCACCUCCGGUACCUGCUCGUCCUGGCUCUGUAAAUGCUCGCGCUCAGUCUCCUAAGCUGCCUCCCAAACCCACCGUGUUGAGGACCAUGUCGAGCGAGGAUGAUGAUAUGAGUGAUAUAUAUGCGCGUGCAUUGAGAGAUGAAAUCUAG